AAAAAAAAAAACAAACCAAUUCAGUUUGGUUUUUGGUUUUUAACCAAAUAACUCACACCCCUUGACGGCUCCACCCACUCGCCCCAUCCCACAAAGCUCUGCGCCUGCAACUCAACCAACGAACGCUACCAUUGCACCAAUUUCUCUCCUUUUGCUUGUUUGCAGCCGAUUGUGGUUGAACUUGGGAAACUAAUGUUCGUAUAUCAAUGAGGAUUUCAGAGGUUUGAUGAAGAAAUUUUGAAUCUAGGAUGAUGAGAAUAUCAGCAAGAUUUCAAUGCUUGACGGUUUUGAAGCCACGCUUUUUAACUGUCAGAUAUAGCACUGAGCUCUUUGUCAGCCGGCUCUCAUUUUAUACAAAACGCGAUGAGUUUAAGAAGAUGUUUUCUCAAUUUGGCAAUGUUAAAGAAGCUAGGCUGAUCAUGGAUAGCAAAACAGGAAGGACAAAGGGGUAUGGUUUUGUGACAUUUGAGACAGAAGCUGAGGCGCAGAAUGCUAUUAAGGUUUUUCAUGGCAAGGAGUCAGGACCCUUACUCUGUUACAAGAGCACCCAACAUCUGUAGGGACCUGAAAAUGAUAGUCCGAGGACGACUAAUUUUCGUGGAACCUUCAACGAACAUAAAGACUGAUGCUACUCCCAAAGCUGAAAAGUCUUAGUUUGAAGUCUAAUGUUAAGAACUAUUCCAAAGAUGGAUGGACAUGCCUCGUUUCAUCUUUUAAACUAUCUUAUCCCAUUUCAAUGGUGAAGUAUACUUGACAUUUUUGUACAAGUAUAUUCUGUUAUUGAUGCGAAAUUCGUCCCCAGGCUGCCAAUAUUCUUUUUA